AUGCAUGGUGUAUUAAAGGUUAAGACAACAGAGGAGAAAGCACGAGCUUUGAAAGAGAAGGAGUUGAUAAAGAUUGCAGAGUACAGGGCUAUUGUUGAUACAUAUACAAAGCAUAGAGAACUGAAUGAAUACAAUGAUACAAGUCUUCAGGUGACAAAGAAGGUAUUGGAGAUCAAUCCAGAGUACUACACCGUUUGGAACUAUAGAAGAGAUACACUUGUUUACUUUGCAACUGUCAAACCCAAUGAAGACAUGCAGACAUUGUACGCAGCAGAGAUGAAGUUCAUUGAGGAAUGCAUUCAGAGAUUCACAAAGAGUUACUGGGUAUGGUAUCAUAGGAAGUGGAUCUCUGUGCGACAGGACAAGUGUGAUUGGGAGCGUGAGCUAAAGCUAUGCAGCAAGUUGUUGGACUUGGACUUGAGAAACUUCCAUUGUUGGAGUUAUAGACGAUUCGUGGGCGAGAAAUCAGGCCUGCCAUUGGAGAAGGAGUACGCAUAUACUACAACAAAGAUUGAGCAGAACUUCUCAAACUACUCAGCAUGGCAUCAGCGAUCUGCUUUGAUACCAUUGAUGAACACUGAGCCACAACAACUAUUCGAGAAGCUCAAGGAGGAGUUUGAACUGGUUAGGAAUGCAGUCUUCACUGAGCCAAAGGAUCAGAGCUCUUGGAUCUAUCACAAAUGGCUGGUUGGAACCAUGAAAGCUAUUCCAGGAUGCGAUUACAAAGAAGUGUUCAACGCAGAGGUUGAGGCCAUUAACGAACUGAUUGAGAUUGAGCCAGAUUGUAAAUGGCCAAUCUAUACAUUACUGACAUUGAAGUUGGACCUUGGAUGUGAUGCCACUGAACUUCGUCCAUUGAUUGACAAGCUUAAACUCAUUGAUCCAGAUCACAUCAACUACUACCUGUCGUUGGAACAACAACUGAUCAACAGUAACUAA